AUUCUUUGCGUGUAAGAGAUCUUUUUCGUGAUUCUUUAUUAUUCACUUCAAUUUUUUAUCUCUGAGAAUUAGGGUUCUUGCAUUGUGUGAUAUUACAAUUUGUAUGGUUAUUAUAUGUAAGAUUUGUUUUUUUUUUCUUUUUCUGAUACUCAUAAUAUUAUGCCUUUGGAUAUGCUUAUUGGGUUUAAUGCUUACUAUAGUGGUUUGAACAUGUUUUCCAAAGUGGUAGAUGUUAUUCUGUAAUUCAUAAACUUAUAUGAUCAAGAUUACAAUUAGUUAUUACUCGGUAAUCUCAUAUCUGAGUUGUCUAUUUAUGUUCUAGUUUAAUUUGCAUUUUGGUACUUGCCAUGCGCAGUUUGGGUUGGAAUUACAGAUCUAGAAAGAGCUAAUUCAAGCUUAAUCCGCAUACAAAUCACCAUAUUUUGAUGCAUGUGAUGUCAUACAUUGAAUGGAGCUUUCUUUCAUUAUUAUUGAAUAAUAAGAGAGUCAGUACUAAGCUCAAGCUUGGUGAACUCUUUGGGUGAGCUUAAUGAGAGUUCUGGAUGGUUCGAGAUUAGUUGAAAGUCAUUUUUAUUGCUUUGCCACUGUGGAUUUUUACUGCAUUUAUCAAUAAGAAAUGGUUUCAUGCUGUUUAUAUUGUUUCUAUAUUGCAACCGACUAACCGUUAUGCAUGAUUUAUUGAUUAACCUAUGCACUUUAUACUUUCUAAAUAAAGGAUACUCAUCCUCAGUUGAACCGUCUUAAUUUAGGUUCAUGCUCACCCGUUUGUAACUUCAAGUAAUUCUUUCUUCUCAAGCUCCUUUGUUCGAGCAGCAAUUUUUGUCACAAUUGAUAUUGAUUUAGUGUUCUUCGCUUGGAAAUUGGAUCGUAUCUGUUAUUACUUGCUAAAUAAUCAGAAAUGGUUCACUCUUAAUAAAAGAAUUUUUGAGUUUUUAUUAACCAUCUUGGACAUGAAAUACUUGUUUGUGCAUCUAUUUGUAUCAAGAUCUGUUCUACCAUGUUAUUUUGCUUACAACAUUGUAUAAGUACUCUAUCAUUUGAUGAUUUUUAAUAACCUUGGCGUAGGCUCAUAAGUUUAUUUAUUUAUUUUCAUGCUAGACUCCAUGUUUGAGCAUAAUUUUUACUCAUAUCGAUUUAUGUGCAUAACCAAGUCAUAAUGAAAAUUUUGAAACACAUUGGAUUUGCGGCUUAUUCCAGAUUAAUGCUUACAAGGACAAUUCCGUCUCCAUGUUUGGAGUAACUAACCAUAGUCGUAUGAUUUCUACAUGUUCACUAUGAUGGUCAAUCAGUUUAAAUCCAGGGUAUGCCAAAUUAAGAUUGAAUUUUGCUGUUGUAUUGUUACAGCUUUGAAGUUUCCUGGCUUAGGUGCAAGAGAAUUUGGUAAAGAAGAAGUUAGAUGCAAGAGAUUUUGGUAGAAGUGUUUAUAAUGGUUUGCAAUUUUGACAAUUGCGGUGGGCAAUGUCUUCAGGUCUUGAUGCUAUGGCUUGAAAUGGACUGGCAUGCCAUGUGAUUAGUAGAGAUAUACCUUUUGAGAUUAUUCUGUUUGGUUGCAGAACUGUGUAUAUUGCCAACCUUCGAUUGAAACUUUUGCCAGAAUUGUAUGGCAUGGAUUUGAAUGAGGGAUUAGAGAUUCAUGAUGGGGUUUGGUUGGGUUCAGAUGAUGUUAUUAUGUCUCUUGCAGCAUGGCUAUGAAUCGAUUAUGAAUGAAAGCGGAGGUUUUAUUUUGGUACCCCCAUUUAACUUGAGUGUUAUGCUUUUAAAUUGACCGUCAUUGUCAGAGUUUGGUGCAUUGUGGCAUGUGAUUUCUUGAAGGGAAUUGAAGACAGCUGUUUGCAAGUUGCCUUCUUGCUACAUUGAUCAUUGGAUGAGAUAUGUUUAUCUUUUUCCCGUUUCAACUUGUGAGAAAUGAUGGAUUGUUUACAUAUUCUGCCGGUUAACCUUUUUGAAUAAAAGGAUUCAAUAUUAUCUCCCUUUGAUAUGAAUGAAGUAGCCGCCGACAACGAAUAAGCCAAAGCUUGUGGCCAUGUGUCAUCUGGAUAGAGGAACUUAUUAGUGAAGCCGCACGUUCACCAAUUAAAAUGAAUGGUUUUUGCCGAAGGAUUCAUUUGUUAUGGUAUGAUUGUAGGAUCGUUGCUGGAUUUGGCAUGGAGCAUAUUGAAGAUGUUUGAAUUGUUAAAUGAGUGACUGUACUGAAGAAGUUUCUAAAUUAUGGACAGCCUCAGAUUGACCUUGUAAAAGUAUAAGGAAGCAUGAUCGUUUGAACAGUGGAACAGCGGGGGCAUCAACUUAAUGACAUCCCUUGAUUCACACUUGAAACUCAUUAUUUAUGCCUUUUUCAGUGGUGGCUCUUUGUCUUAGUACUUAAUAACUAUGUGCUAGAACAUCAAAGUCCUUGAAGUCAUAUGAUUGCCUGGUCAUUGGUGUCUGCAUGAUUUGCUUUGGAGACUUUGAUGAAUUUGUUUCAUCUAGUGUACCAUGGCUGAAGCCUAUUGGACUUAUAGUAAGGCAUGUAGUUCAGAAGAAUCUGAUAAAUUUGACUGAAGAAGAAUCUGUUGACUGCUCUUGUGACUAAUAGGUUUUAAACUGCAAAGUUUGGUUGACUAAAUGGAUUUAACUCUUGUAUUCAUGUAUGAUAGUGGUUUUUUUGUAUAAAUUAAGUUUUGGGUAAGACACGACAUGGAUUUGUCAAGUUGUUUGUGCAACUUAUGAGAUCUUUCACAGCUCUUGCAGGCUGGAGAGACCAUAAUGCAGGGUAUGGUAUGCGUGCAGGUUCCAUUUCACCUCCAUGCCGGUGGAGGGCAGAUUAUCAUGAUCCAGAUUUUGGUCAUCCUGUUAGGCCUCACAUUGGUCGAGGCUUUAGGGGUGGGAGGGGUGGAAGAUUCCGUGAUACUUCGCCUUCCUAUGGGAGUGGAAGGGGUGGCAGGUCUAUUGGUAGAGGAUACAAUGGAUCUAGACGCGAGCAAUCACCUUUUGAUGGGGAAUAUGUUCACCGAAAUGACCCGAAUUUGUCUCCCAGAGAAGGAGACUGGAUUUGCAGAAAUCAAUCCUGUGGAAACUUGAAUUUUGCUCGGCGAACACACUGCAACAAGUGUCAUGAGUACCGUUAUGGAUCCAGUCGGAGUCCUCGGAGGAGUUACCACAGCCCCCCACCACGCCAGUUAUCCCCAAGAUUUUCUGGACUGCAGCAUCCUGAGCCUGGCUUCCGCAGGGACACAAAUGGCUACAGAUCUCCAUCUCGUGGUUGGGGCAUGGGGGAACCAAUCAAUUUUGAGUCUGGAUCACCUUCAAGGCGUGGAGGUGGAUCUCGAUUUCCAGAUAAUCUAGAAAGGGACAGACUGGACUAUGAUAACAAUGGGUACCGUGAAAGGCGCAAACUUGACUGGCCAAUUCAUGAUCAAUGGGAGCAUCGGGAUCCUGAGCGGGAUGGUUUCAUGUCUGAGAGAAGGGGAUUUGGUGGACGAUCUCGAUCACCACCCCCUACCAGGUGGAUUAACAACACAAGGGAGAGGAGCCAAUCUCCUGUGGGGAAGAGACCUGUUCGAGCACCGUUCAUGGGCCGUGGCAGAGGUGAUCGUCACUACGACAAUUCAUUCAUCAGUCAUGGGAGGAGUGAUGAUUUGGAUAUCAGUCGUCGUCGUGGUGGUGGUCAUGGUGGCCGUGGUUAUGUGAGGGGCAAUGAUGCUUUCAUCAGCCAAGGCCGAAGUACUGCAUGGAAGGACCGGUGAUAGCUGUUUAUGAAGAAUGAGUUCCUGUUUUUUUUAGUAGCUGUAUCAUUUCUCAUAAAGGUCAUCACUAUACCUUGAUCGUGUGCUCACCAAGGGAGGGAAGGAUUUUGACGUUUUUUAGAAUUCUUAUUCAGACGUUGUUCUGUUUGAUAUCUCACGUUGAUCUAAGUCGGUAUAUUUGUUAAUGCCAGUGUUUCUCCAACGGUGAAAUUUUAUCUUGUCUUUUGCUGUCGUUUAAAUGGCGGCAGGUUGGA